AUGGUGCUGUCGGAGUUGGCGGUUCGCCUCAACUGCGCCGAGUACAAGAACUGGGUGAAGGCGGGCCGCUGCCUGCAGGGCUUCGUGGACCGGGAGAUGCUGGCCUUCCACCGCGGCCUGCUCGCCUGCGCCCCGGGCCUGGGCCCAGGCACCACCUGCCGCGGCGGCUCCAGGUGCAGCCCGCACGGCCGCCAGUUCCAGCCUCAGUGCCAGGUGUGCGCGGAGUGGACGGAGAUCCUGAAACAUCACACCAACAGAAACGGAGACGUGCACUGGGGCAACUGCCGGCCGGGCCGCUGGCCCGCGGACGCCUGGGAGGUGGCCAAGGCCUUCAUGCCCCGCGGACUGGCGGACAAAGCAGGACCCGAGGAAUGUGAUGCAGUGGCUCUUUUAAACCUCAUCAACGCCUGCGAUCACUUCCUGGUUGAUCGAAAGAAAGUCACAGAGGUGAUUAAGUGUCGUAACGAUAUCAUGCACUCUUCAGAGAUGAAGGUAUCUUCUAUGUGGCUUCGAGAUUUCCAGAUAAAGAUCCAACAUUUUCUGAAUGAAUUCCGUAAUAUCCCAGAGAUUGUGGAGGCGUACCCCAGGAUAGAAGAGCUGUUGACAUCGGACUGGGCCGUCCUCAUCCCCGAGGAAGAUCAUCGAGAUGGGUGUGACUAUGAAACAGGCAUUUACCUGAGUGAGAGCCAAGUCCAUGAAAUUGAAAUGGAAUUUGUAAAGGAAAAACUUCAAGAGAUUUAUCUUCAAGCGAAAGAACAAGAGGUGUUGCCAGAAGAGAUCCUAACUCGGCUGGAAGCGGUGAGAGAAUUUCUAAGAAACAAUGAGGAUCUUAGGAACGGUCUUUCAGAGGAUCUGCAGAAGCUGGACAGCCUGUGUCUACAGCAUCAAAAACUGGAUUCAAAGGAGCCUGGGGUCCAGGCAGCCGCAGGGGAGGCCUGAGAUUCACAGAUUCAUUCAUACCUCCUCUGUUCCUCUUACCCAGGAUGUCUUCCACCUCUGACUGUGUCCUGUGUUUCCUGAACUGGGGCGCCGCUGUCCCAUUCCAGCUCUGGUGCUUAGCUGGCCAUGUUGCCUCUGAACCUUCAGGGACAGAAUUGCCACCGUCCCCGCUGCCCAGGGCCUA